GGAUCGCGUCCUCCUGCCCUUCGCCGCCGUUUGGCUGCCCCCGGUGCCUCCUGUGGUCCCCGGUGCAGGGUCGCAGCCUCUUCGGGUGUGCGGGAGCGGGACCAGUGCUUCCUACUGAGGGGGAAGGGGUGCUCCGUGCUUGGCUCCUGGGGCUCUCCGGAGACCUGCUGUAUCCUCUCCGGGGUGGUCGGCUCGCCUUGGUUCGGGUUUGCAGAAGGGCCGGGCUGCAGCAGGAUUAACGCAUCCCAUCAGGGAAAUGCCUGCGGGAGCUGGGCUGUGCCCUCAGAGCAGCUUGGCUUUCCUUCAUCAGAGAGGAGGAAAAGGCAGAGAACCCGAGCGCUGCUUCAUCCAGCAGUGUGUCACAUCUGAAAGCUUCUGGCUUAGCAGCUGCUGCUUGUUGAGCCCUUUGCAAGAAGGUUACCUGUUCACAGGCAGUGCUGGAAACAGAAUAGGGGCAACUGAAGGGGCUUGAGUAUUAGACUAUUUUCCUCACAAACAAGCAAUGGCUGUGGAUGUAGCAAUGCAGCUAUACCUUUGCUCUUCACCCUUGCUAAGAGACAAGUGUGCCUGCAAAAUUGCUCCGAAGCCAAGCAAGCCACUGCGGCCCUGCAUCCAGCUGAGCAGCAAAACUGCACUGACCGGACCAGAAGAGGCAGCAAACUCCUUCACACACAACAAAGCGAAGAAGAGGGUGUCGUUUGCAGACAGCAGGGGCUUCGCUCUGACAAUGGUGAAGGUGUUCUCAGAGUUUGACGAUACACUAGAUAUUCCUUUCAACAUCACAGAGCUGAUAAACAAUAUUGUGGGCCUGACAACAGUGGAGCGGGACAGCUUUGUCCUGGAUUUUGUUCAGCCCUCUGUGGACUACCUGGACUUCAGAAACCGCCUCCAGGUGGACUGUGUCUGCCUUGAAAACUGUAUGUUGAAGGAGCGAUCCGUUGUGGGAACAGUGAAGGUGAGGAACCUGGCUUUUGAAAAGACUGUGAAGAUCAGGAUGACGUUUGACACCUGGAAAAACUUCGUAGAUUACCCAUGCCAGUAUGUCAAGGAUACGUAUGGAGGGUCAGAUCGGGACACCUUUUCCUUUGACAUCAGUUUGCCAGAGGGGAUUCAGUCCCAUGAAAGAGUGGAGUUCGCCAUCUCCUUUGAGUGCAAUGGGAAGAUGUACUGGGACAGCAACAGAGGCACAAAUUACAGGAUCAUAAGGUCAGAACUGAAGUCUGCCCAGGAUGCUGUCUGCCCCCCCCAGGGCCCUGACUUUGGCAGUGCCUUUGACCAAUUUGGGAGCCCUCGGUGCUCCUACGGCCUCUUUCCUGAGUGGCCCAGCUAUUCAGGCUAUGAGAAGCUAGGGCCUUACUACUGACCCAAGGACAGAGUCCUGACUGACUAGCUGUUGUUGGCAUGUCCGCAGGCCUGAGAGCUGGUCUGAAUGCAAGGUGUAUGAAAAGGACAAAGAUGUAUGGUUUUGGGCAGCUCUGCAUGAGCCUUGGAGCAAAACCAGUUGUGGAAUGCUCUGCUGGCGGUGGACUGAAUUGCUAGGGAAGUGUCUCUGGCUCAAAGGGCUGCCUUCCGUGCCCCAGCUUGGAUAACUGGCUCUCCAGAUGCUCAAAGAACCAGGAGCUGUUGCUCGCAUUUCUCUUCAGUGCUGCUACUCCCUCCUCAUCUGUAAAGCUGCUAGUCUCCUGGGAAACACUACAGUGCUUGUAUCACAUGUCCAAACUAUGUAGUGGUGGUUGGUUUGUAUUCCUUACCUAGUGCUAAAAAGCUUUUUCAAAGUAUGUUCUAUUAUAGUUUUAGUGAGCUGUACUUCAGCUGCAGGGCUCUCCUUGCAAAGCUGGCCUGUGCUUGUCAAGUAGUAGAGGGGGUGGCUUGCAUGGAAUGGAGUACCAUCCUUGCAUGCGACCUUGUAGUGUGAGGUCCUUCCUACUGGAUCCAGAAAGGGUGUUUUGGAAGUGAAAAUGCAACUGUGAUGACAGGAAAUGUUGUCCUACAGGCUGCCAUAUUUGGAGACUUGUGUGCCUGUGGGAGAAGAUCUCAUGCUUAGUCACCAGUUUUUUAUCAGCUGAUCUCUAAAAAUCUCUUGUGGUGUUACCUAAAAUAGAGAUUAGCUGUAGCUGUGUGGUGCUUGUAGUACUGCUGUGGGUUGACAGCCUUGAAUGACUUCUUAAAUUUAAUAAUCACAAGUCAUCAAUGAUGCUUUUUCCCUUUGAUUGACAUCUGACAUCUGCUGUUGGCCAUGUUGGGCCCUGAAAACACAGUUCUUCCUCCUGUGGACUGUAAAACAGGGCUUUGUCUGGCUGGGGCCCAGAGUCAUAAGCAGGAGGCUGUGGUCAGGUGUUACAGGAGCUAAAUGCAGGUGGAUCAUAAGGCUAUUCUGUGCUGUGUCCGGUUACAAGAAGGUAACUGUUGUGUACCUAAUGGUGGAAGUGCCUUGACUGAGAAAGGGGUGGUAUGUGUGAUCCCAGUGAUGUUUUGGGAUAAACAGGCUUUGGAAAUGACACUGGUUUUAAAAAAAGAUCUUCCAAUGGCUUGUUACUCCAUGCCAUGGACUGCUUGACAGCUAAUGGUGUGGCCCUGCUCACAUGCAAGGAUGUUGUGGCUAUACUGGGUGAACAUCAUCAUGCCGGGCUUCCCUUGCUGUUGUAGCAGUAGCUGCCUUUUCAACCUGUAAAUGCCCAAGCUUUGCAUCUCUGUGUCCAUAAGAAGCAGCUCCUCCUGUGCAGAAAACUAGCCAUUAGGUAUGUGAGAUGUGGGGUUAUCCUGACAUCACUCUGGAUGUGAAACAGAUCAUGGGUGUGAGCCAUCCCUAUCCUCAAAGAGGUUGCUCAUCACCUGGGCCUGUGCUGAGGUGAGGUGGCCAGCUUGUGCAGUGCCAAGCAGCCUCACAAAGCUUCUUGAAUAUUAGUUGAGCAAAAUAAUUUAAUCCCUCAUCUCAAAGCUAGAGUUCUGAGUAGUUUGUAGAAAUAGAGGUCACAGGAAUCUUACCUUUUCUAGUGUAUAAGCUUUAUAUAAUUUUUGGGGUACCUAUAAUAGCCUAUGGGUGGGCUGGAGAGAAGCAAUGGGCUAGGGUACUUAACUUUUUAAACUCAGCUUUUAAUUCUGGAUUCUAUUGUGUGAAAUACUUACACACUGUUUUACCCUAACCUAGAAGGCAUACUGUGAUCACUGUUGGACGCCAAAAGGAACAAGAGAUUGCAGGAAGAAUACUUGGCCUUUAACUGCUGCUUUCUCAAAACCCAACUUCAAUGCACGUCACCACUGUGCCUGAUCAUUUAGUCAAGGUGGUAAAUCUAUUUACUAGCCCAGAGCUCAUCAGGCUUGUUUCCUUUGUUUAAACAGCUUCACGAGUCAGCCCUUACAAUUUGCAUCAGGUCUCUCUUGAUGGGACUGUUGCCUAGAUUGGCUUGAUCCUCAUUUUAAACUUCAAGCAAGUCUGACUGACACUGAUUUUCUUUUAGUUUUUUAGUGUAUGGUGUUAAUGCUGUAAGACACAGACUGUAGAAAAGUCAUGUUCUCCUGGUGUGUUCUUGUGCCUAUGGAGAGCUGCUUGUAGACCGAAAAGAGGCAUGUAUGUCUGGGGUGCUGUGGAUGGUGGUAUCUCCUUAUGGGGCCUGUUGGCUUUCAGGCUGGGGCUGGGGAGUGCUUAGGGAGGAAGAUAAGCUAGAAGAGCAAUGCCAUAAGUAAAAGCUAGGCUGGGAACUGACUAUUUGACCAAUAGCAUUUUAAAAAUACUACUUGUGGCCUUUCCCUUUUUCGCUUUUUACAUUGCCAAUGUGAACAUAGAAGUGAGGGAUCGCUUUCCUCGCUCUGUGCCUGGAAGUGCCUUGUGGGAGGUUUGUUGCAUGUUUGUUUUUAAAGAUAUUUUUGUACACAACAUUCAAGUGGAAAAAAGCACUUUAUAAUUGCCAUGUAAUGACUUUUAAAACUAUGGCUCUGUUUUUAUCUGAUUGUUAAAAUAAAGGUGGAACAAAAUGUUGGCCGUGUA